UCCAUCAUGACGAAUAGCAGUGAAUCAUGGACCCCGCGCUGUUCUAUCGAAGAAGCCGAUAGAAUACUUACAGGACCAGGGAGCUUGCUUGAAAUUGAAACUCGCAUCAUUGACGGGAGGGUCUUGAAAGUUUGGAAGAACCUCUGGCCAUCCCUGCGACUAUUAUUUUUGAAUUCGACCAAAGAACAUGCCGACAAAACCUACAUCGUGUACGAGAAAGAGCGCUACACCUUUCAGGAGGUAUUGGAGAAGACGGUCAAAUGUGCAGCCAUCUUCAGAGAUGUUUACGGCCUUAGGAAAGGGGAUCGAGUAGCGAUCUGCUCUCACAAUUGUCCAAAUUACUUGGUUGUAUUUUGGGCUUGCCACCUUCUGGGCGUUGUAACUGCCUUUGUGAAUCCAUCACAGCCCUUGAAGCUGAUAAGACACUGUAUCAUGCUCGCAAAAUUUGCAUUGAUCAUCCUCGACACCGAACAAGCUGACAGGGUUGAAUUGAUUGGUGCUGAGCUUAUGCUUGCAUCUGGUGUGUCGGGAUAUCUCGUACUCGAGGAUCACGAAGGACAAGGCCAUUGGGAAGGCAUGGAUGUUUGGAGUGCAGUCUUCUCCGGAUAUAAUGAAGAUCCUGGGGCAAUACUGAAUGACGAUCCUCAAAUUUUGCCCGAAGAUGAUGCAACAAUCACUUUUACGUCGGGGACCACUGGCCCACCGAAGGCUAUCUUGAGCUCACAGCGCUCAUUCAUGAGUCCAGUAUUUGAUGCUACUUCAUUCAUAGGGAGAGACUAUCUUCGAAGGGGUGAAUCACUCCUUUCGACGAUUAUGGCUCCUCAGGAAGCUACGCUGAUUACAAGGACGCUAUGCGUUCCGUCUUCAUUCAUCACGACUAUGUUCUCCACUUCUCAUGGAGUAAAACUUGUUCUAAUGCGUGCAUGGAAUGCACACGAAGCCGUAGCACUGUGCACAACCGAAGCCGUCACUAUGCUGGGGAGUGUGCCCUCAAUCGUGAGAGAGAUCGCUGACAAUACAACAUCCGAAUACUCGAUAAACUCUAUAAAAAGAAUUUUAUAUGGAGGUACCCCGAUCGCAGCAUCUCAACUUCAAAGGUUCAAACAAGCAUUUCCCCUCGCCAGUUUCGUACAAGUAUAUGCUCUAACUGAGACGAAUGCUUCCGCAGUAGGCUUUGGUGGACUGGAUUACGAUGUGAGGCCAGAUAGCUGUGGUUUCGUGUCUCCUGUCAACGAGAUUAUGGUAAUGAAAGAUGGUGGCAAAGUCGUUCCUGGAACACUGGGAGAAGUUUGGCUUCGCGGUCCUAAUGUGAUGAAAGGGUAUUAUGGUGAUAAAGCUGCGACCGAUCAGGUCCUUACUAAAGACGGAUGGCUGGUCACCGGUGAUCUGGGACGAGUGGACGAACGCGGAUAUGUUUACAUCUCAGACAGGAUCAAAGAUAUCAUCAUUAGGGACAGCGUUAACAUUGAUUCCAUUUUCGUCGAGAACUCCCUGUACACUGAACCAGGUGUAUUGGAAACGGCGGCAGUUGGUGUACCUGACGAGCACUCAGGGGAGUUGCCUGUAGCGUUUGUUACCCUCAGACCUGGAUACGAUGGUUUAAUCGAUGAGGAGAAACUCAUAGCGACUGCGAAGAAAUUGUUACCCCCAUAUGCUGUUCCGGUGAUGAUUAUUGUCUAUGAUCAUGGUUUCGAUCACACAACCUCUGGCAAGAUUAUCAAGGUACCGUUACGGGCCAUAGCCCAAAAGGAGUGGGUGAGGAGGACCAAGAAAGAUUCUGAAUAGAGUAGAUGAGGCGAAACCCAAUGGUGGUAUAUCGUUCCAUACUUUUGAAUACACUCCAUCAACGAUGUAUAGAUAAUAAGUUUACUGUCGCUUUGGUUCUCAUCCUUCAACUACCGAAAUAUACGAUUUGGGA